AUGUCUAUUGGGAGUGAGAAUCGACUACUUGCACAAGAAGUAGCUGCUCUAGAAAUGGGUCUAGAUCUCGGUGUCGGUGACAGGAUUGUGGCACUUGGAUUCCCUUCUAACCUUCCAUUAGGUGACAACUUCCCAAAAUGGGAAAAAGCCAUGACCCGUGCACUCCAUGCCAAGAACAAACUUAGUUUUGUUGAUGGCUCUCUCCCCACCCCUGAUCCUAGUUCUCCCGAAUACAACCAAUGGAAUCAAACCAAAGACAUGGUUCUUACCUGGAUUUUAAACUCCAUCAGCCCAUCUCUAGCCAAUUCACUUGAAUAUCACACAAACCCACGUGAUGUUUGGGUUGACCUCCAAUCUCGUUUCAGCCACGGCAAUAACGCUCGCCUCUAUCAUCUCAAGCGUGCCCUUUCCUCCCUGCACCAAAAUACCAACUCCAUUCAUGACUAUUACAACCAAAUCAAACAGAUAUGGGAUGAAUUAAGCCAUCUUCAAGACACCACUAACCUCAAGGAUAUGCAAAAACAAGCCGAUGAUGAGCGUGUCUUUCAGUUCCUCCUUGGCCUAAACGACUCCUUUGCCCAACUCAGAACCCAAAUCCUUGCUAUGGACCCCCUUCCUUCAAUCACCAAAGUUUUUUCUAUUUUAUUUCAGGAAGAGUAG